AUGAGCAUGGACGUAGCAGGUGCAGAGGCACCUGUCAAGGGGAAAUUCCUUGGUAUACUUGUCUGCUGGCUUUUGGGAAAUGGAAGCCUUUUCGCGUGGAACAGUAUGCUCACCAUUGAAGAUUACUACUCCCAUCUCUUCCCGAAUUACCACCCAACAAGAGUACUCACGCUAUCUUACCAGCCUUUUGCCUUUGGAAUAACCCUCAUCAUGACAUACUAUGAAGCAAAGAUGAACACAAGAUUGAGAAAUCUUGCAGGGUUUUCCCUUUUCUUCCUCGGUUCCUUUGCAUUGAUAAUUCUGGAUGUUGCAACUAAAGGACAUGGUGGGCUUGGAGUUUUCAUUGGUGUAUGCAUAAUUAGCGCCAUAUUUGGGACAGCUGAUGCUAAUUGUCAAGGCGCAUUGGUUGGCGACCUUUCUUUAAUGUGCCCAGAGUUCAUUCAGUCCUUCAUGGCAGGCUUAGCUGCAUCAGGGGUUCUCACGUCAGCUUUGAGAUUAAUUACCAAGGCAGCUUUUGAGAGCUCAAAAGAUGGUCUUCGCAUUGGAGCUAUACUGUUCUUUUCAAUCACAUGCCUGUUCGAGCUGGCGUGCCUCCUGCUAUACACGUUCGUCUUCGCCAAACUACCCAUCGUGAAGUACUACCGUGCAAAGGCAGCCGCUGAAGGUAGCAAGACUGUUGCCAGCGACCUUGCUGCUGCAGGGAUCAUCGCUGAACAACAGGGACAAAUCGAGGAGGAUCCACAGAAAUACAAGCGUCUGACCACUAAAGAGCUGCUCAUGCAGAACAUCGACUACGCGAUCGAUAUCUACCUGAUAUAUGUCCUGACGCUGUCAAUCUUCCCAGGAUUUUUGUCUGAAGACACUGGAGAACACAACCUAGGAUCAUGGUACGCACUUGUGCUGAUUGCCAUGUACAAUGUGUGGGACCUGAUCGGGAGGUACGUGCCGCUGAUCCCGUGCUUGAAGCUAACCUCCCGGAAGGUCAUGAUGGCGGCUGUCUUGGCACGGUUCCUGUUCAUCCCGGCGUUCUACUUCACAGCCAAAUACGGCGACCAGGGGUACAUGAUCUUCCUAACCUCCUUCCUGGGGCUCACCAACGGGUACCUCACCGUGUGUGUGCUCAUGGAGGCGCCCAACGGCUACAAUGGCCCCGAGCAGAACGCGCUGGGCAACGUGCUCAUCGUCUGCCUCCUCGGCGGCCUCUUCUCAGGCGUCGUGCUCGACUGGCUCUGGCUCAUUGGCAAGGGCUGCGCGUCCAGGGAAGAGGAUUGGGGGCUAUUUCCUCGAGCUCAUCGCGGCGCGGCGAUUCCUCUGGCGGAGCCGCGGGUCCUUGUCGCUGACGUUGUCGGUGGUCUCCGAGGAGCUCCGGCGAGGCGGCUCCGUUGCUACUGCUGCAGCGGCACCACGGUGGCCACGCUGCUCCUGUUCCUGUUCACCAAUGCCGUCUCCGUCGCUGCCAUCUCCUCCGGCGCCGGGCCCUCCCUCCUCCGCCGCUAUGGAAGCUACAGCAAGCCCACGACUACCAUCGUCCGCCUCUGGGACGGCUGCGCGGCGCUCCACGCGGCUCAACGCCACGCAGGCCGCGCCGACCUCGCGGGCCUCCACGCCCGCGUCCGCACCGCCAACGAGCUCCUCCAGACGCUCCUCCGCGCCAUGCAGGACAACGGCGGCCGGGACCUCUGUGCACGCAUUGAUUUGGGAAAUGGAACAAGAGUGCAUAGCAUGGAUUGGGCAAACCAGGAGGUCUCAGCGCCACCAAAUAGAUAG